GGUGAUAUCAUGGCUGCGUCACUUGUGCAGAUGCGGGAGGAGGGGUGGGGUGGUUACACCGUGCAGUCUGUAGACAGUGAGGAACAUCCUCACAGAGGACAGAGAGGGAUAAUAACCAUGUCAGCCUCCUGGAAGCAGACGCUUUUUCACAUCUUCCUGCUUUUCAUCUGCUGCAGACACAUCAAUACAAAGACGCUGGGCUCAACGCCGGAGCCGCCGGUUCCCACCACUCCUCUGCCAACAAACGUGAAAAGUGUUGUUCUUAAAGGUGAAAAUCACACUGAGAGAAUCCAGCUGUUGGAUCCUGUAAGUCUAACGCUGGAAUGCACCUGGACUGGAAAUCAGAAGAAACUCACAAACAUUACAGGUUACUGGACAAAAGACGGGGAGGAAAUCCCGGGCACCCGUUUGCCCGUGCAGCUGGAGAAUGAGCAGUAUAAUCUCAGACAAGACUUCAGUAUUAGCAAUGAAGAAAACCUUGGAAAUUACUCCUGUGUUUUUGGGAAUGAAGCAAAAAUAGAUUUCAUUCUGGCAGCUCCACAGAUCAGCGAGAUGAGAGACAAGCCAGUAGUGAGCUAUCUGGGGGACUUUGUGGUGAUUCACUGUAAAAUGGAAGAAACCAAACCAAAGCCCAACACCUGGGUCUGGUAUAAAGUCAAUGGGACAGAAAAGAUCCCCAUUGCUGAUGAGCCUCAGCGCUAUGAAAUCCACAACAAGGAGUGGAAGACCCAGCUGAAGAUGAGCAACCUGUCAGAUGCUGACUCUGGGCUGUAUUACUGUGGUGCAGUGUACCCCAUCAGCACCUCACUGAGCCGCGUGGAGCUCAAGGUCAUCAGCAUCAUAGAGCCCCUGAAGCCCUUCCUAACCAUCCUGGCUGAAGUUCUAUUCCUGGUCACCAUCAUUCUCCUCUAUGAGAGAACUCAGUCCAGGAAAAACAACACACAGGAAGAAAACGUGCAGAACACUGACCAAAAGAACGAGCUGCCUCAGGGAGAAGAUAAGGAGAUGGAGGGAAGUACUUCAAUGAGACACCGCAAAGUUUAAAGACUGCAGACGGCUUUUAAAACAUUCCCAGAUGUAAAUGUUAGCAAAGUCCCCACAGUUAUUGUGGGAAUAUCUGUUAUAAUUGCAUAAUUUUUUUUCACCACACAAAGUGCAAUAGCCUCUACAAAAUCAGCACCUGAGUUUGCAACACAAGUGGCCUCUUUCCUUGUGGUUACAAGUUUUUUUUUUUAAACAAAGCAUUUACAUUAUGUCUUUCACUCACUUCCUGUGGAAAAACCCAGCUUAGAUGCUUUACCUCACACAUCACCUUCUCUUUGUCCCCGCUGAGUCAAAACGGAAGCGGCUUUCUGUUGUUGACAAACCUCAAGCCACCUUUCCUCCUCUUCUUUGCUCCCUGUGGUCUGUGAGCAGUGCCUUACACUCUUAAAAAGCAAUUGACUAACCUUUCACUGUGCUUACAAUGACUUUUGCCCUUGCAGUAAUGUGUCUACAGUACUUGAAUAUGUAAAUCUAAAUAUAUCUUCACAUAUCCAUGUUUGUGCAUCUGUUUGGUGUUUAUGUGCGUGACGGUAGGCGUGAGGUCAUAGUUCCCUCCUAAAUACGGCUGCACUGUAUGAAAACAAGCCGAUUAAAUCCAUACAAACCCCUGCCUCUGUCGUUUUAUGUUGCCUGCAAUGACUUCUCAUAAAAUUUGAGCUGAACGGCGAC